AUGGACGCAUCCUCAGUCAUCAGGAUGAAGAUAACCAAUGUUGGCUGGAGCCUUCUUUUGGCUGUUCUGCUGUGCAGGGGAACUAAUCAUGCAAAGUUCAUUAUGGACAAUAUGAACGAGAAGGGCGAUCCGUGCGACGACUUCUACACCUACGCCUGUGGCUCGCACCAAAAGGGAGGUGGCGCAGACGCACUCGAUCCUGCGGACCAAGUGCGGGCCAAAGUUGCGAGUGACCUGUCAGAAAUAUUUCAAAACCUUCCAAAUAUCACGGAAGCUGACAGCGCGAGUGAUAAAGUCGCCUUGGCCUACCAUGUGUGCAUGAACAGUGAGCUGAGCGAAGAGCAGGAGAGGGCGGUGAUAACAAUAAAUCUGGCCAAAAAGGGCCUCGGCCAAUGGCCACUCUUCUCAAGUGGCCCAGACAAGAAAGGAGAGCCUCAAAGCGUAGAGGACGUUCUCGAGAAAACGGGACUGUCCUCGGUUUUCGAGAUCGACGUUGUGAAGGACAAAGCUGGCCAUAGCGCCAUAAAGCUGGGGCCAUUACCUCCUAAGAUGUAUUUUACGUGGCACAUGAUCGACGUACUGCAGAACUCCUCCGACCCCGAUGACCUGAAGCCGCUGCAGAUCAGCGCGCUCAAAACUGCGGUAAAAAUGCUCAAUCUGUACGUGGAGGAUGACCAGGUGGAGCAAUACGCAAACUCUGUGGUGGAGUUUGCGGACAAGUGGGUGAAGUUGCAAGAGGCCGCGAUGUCUAUGGAGCGAGCAACAAAGAACAGUACGGCAAUGACGAUCAACGAGAUAGAAAGCGAAAUACCCAGUGUGCCUUGGCUGAAGCUAUUUAACAACGAGUUCAAGAAGGUCGGCACUACGCUGACAGACGCAGAGAUGAUAGAAGUUCUGGCUCUGGAUAACCUCAAAGGCCUCGUGGAGUUUUACAGCAAAAAUGUGGUCAGUGCGUACAACAGCCUAGGCGCAUACGAAGCUCACAACCUCCUGUGGUAUUCUUCAAAAGCCUACCGGGACGCCAUAGCGGAAAUGUUGGGGGAGAAGGCGGGCGAACUAGAAAACAUGGCAGGAAGUUGCGAAAAGCUGCUCACCGAAUUGAUGCCCGAGGUCGUCAGCAAGCUCUACGUCGAGAACAACUUUAACGACGGUACGAAGUGGCAGGCAAGAUACGUUCUGAACGCAAUCGGGAAAAGGUACUACGAGGAAGUGAUGCGUGUUCCGUGGGCGGACCAGGAAUCCAAAAAGCCAGCCAUGGAAAAGAUUUGGAACAUAGUCCCAUACGUCGGCUACGCUCCCUGGCUGAUGAACGCAAGCUUUGUUGAUGGGCUGUAUGAAAAGGUUGGACGUCUCAGAAGGAGUGAUUCCAUGUCGACAAUCACUCAGAGGCUCGAAGAAAAUGCUUUAAUGAGGAGGCUUUCUCAACUUUGCGACGAGGACAGAGAGCCCACAAUCGGAGUUGCAUUCGAGACCGUCGGCAUGAUUUACAUACCACCAAAUGUUUUCGUGGUUCCAGCUGGCAUACUCCAGACGCCUUUCUUCGAGCCUGGUCUACCUUCACCGGUAAACUUCGGCACCAUCGGAACUGCCAUGGCUCACGAGAUGACGGUCGACUUGAUCCAGAAAGGCUUGCACUACGACUCUAGAGGGAUGAUAAGACGAUGGUGGACCGACUACACACAGGCGUCGUUCUACGACAGGGCCGGCUGUCUGCUCAAGCAGUACGGAAGCAUUGUGGACACUCCGGCUAACAUGACGCCUGACGAGAUGAAUAGAUUGAUCGAAGCGGUUGCUGACAAUGCAGCUCUCCGAAUCGCAUUCCAAGCACUCCUAGCUUCCGAGGAGGAAAAACCGAUGAUGUCGCUGCCAGGCCUCGAAAAAUUUUCUCCUGAACAGCUGUACUUCUUAUCCUACGCCUCGGUAAGUUGUUGA